GACGGGAAACCUUGAACGGUUCGUGUGUACGGAUCGUACAUUCGGUUCAUUCAUACACUAGAGAGAUUCUGGUUCUGGUCGGCAACCCGCACUUUCGAUAAAAAGACACCAAUCCGUCACCAUGGCCGAAGCACAGAUCCACGACUUCCCUUCCCUCUUCUCUCUUGAAGGCAAAGUUGCCGUCGUAACAGGCGGCUCCCGUGGCCUAGGCUUGACAGCUGCCUCUGCACUGCUCCAAGCGGGGGCGCAGACGGUGUUCAUCUCGAGCCGCAAGGCGGCGGCGUGCGAGGCGGCGUGCGCGGCGCUCAACGCGCUGCCGAACCUGCGGCCGGGGGCGCGGGCGGUGUCGGUGCCGGCGGACGGGUCGACGGUCGAAGGGGUGCGGCAGCUGCUGGCGCAGGUGUCGGCGCGGACGGACCACGUCGACGUGCUGCUCGCCAACGCGGGCGCGACCUGGGGCGAGGCCUUCGACCGGCACCCGGACGCGGCCUUCGCCAAGGUCAUGGACCUCAACGUGCGCGGCGUCUUCAACCUGGUGCGCGAGUUCGCGCCGCUGCUGCAGAAGCGCGCCAGCGUCGAGGACCCCAGCCGCGUCGUCAUCACCGCCAGCGUCGCCGGCCUCGGCAUCGGCACGCUCGGCAAGCAGGGCACCUACGGCUACAGCGCCAGCAAGGCCGCCGUGAUCCAUCUGGGGAGGAACCUGGCCGUCGAGCUGGGGCCCCGCGGCAUCACCGUCAACAGUAUCUGCCCCGGUUUCUUCCCGACCAAGAUGAGCAAUGGCCUGUUGAAAAUGUCGGGCGGCGCCGAGGCGCUGGCCAAGGCGAAUCCCAUGAGGCGCCUGGGCCGGCCCGAGGACAUUGCGGGCGUCAUCGUGUACCUGACCAGCCGGGCAGGCGCGCACGUUAACGGGGCGGCGAUCGAGAUCGACGGCGGGGCCAUGUGGCAGAGGGGGGAGUUGAAUGUUAAGUUGUAAAACCCGGUUUGCUAGGUUAGGUUGGGAAUUUCGGAAGGGGGGAAGGGGGGCGACGAUAAAUCGAGAGGGCUCUGGU